CCCCGCCCCUCGGCGGCUCCAGGUACAGUGGUGGGACCUUGGGGCCGCGGCAGGGCCCGGGCUGGGGCGCCAUGGCCGAGUCCCAGCUGAGCUGCCUGGACGAGGCGCACGUGAAUGAGAGAGUGACCGAGGUGCAGGCCGCCUUCUACUACUGCGAGCGGCGGCGGGCCGCGCUGGAGGCGCUGCUGGGCGGCGGCGAGCAGGCCUACCGCGAGCGGGUCAAGAAGGAGCAGCUGCGGGACUUCCUCUCCAGCCAGGAGCGCCAGGCCCUCCUCGCUGCUUGGAGCCCCUACGAGGACGCCGCCCCCGCCGCCGCCGCCAGGGGCAAGAACAAAGCCAAGGCCAAGGCCCCUACGCAGGCCCCAGCGGAGCCCGGCGAGUCCCUGGCCUACUGGCCUGACCGUUCUGACACCGAGGUCCCCCCACUGGACCUGGGCUGGACAGACACCGGUUUCUACCGCGGCGUGAGCCGUGUUACCCUCUUCACUCACCCACCCAAGGAGGAGAAGGCGCCGCACCUCAAGCAGGUGGUCAGGGAGAUGAUCCAACAGGCCCAGAAGGUUAUUGCUGUAGUCAUGGACCUCUUCACUGAUGGUGAUAUCUUCCAAGACAUUGUGGAUGCCUCCUAUAAGCGCCGGGUCCCAGUGUAUAUCAUCCUGGACGAGGCAGGAGUGAAGUAUUUCCUGGAGAUGUGUCGGGGCCUGCAACUCACUGACUUCCGUAUUCGGAACAUCCGUGUCCGCUCCGUGACAGGCAUCGGCUUCUACAUGCCCAUGGGGAAGGUCAAGGGGACCCUGUCAUCAAGGUUUCUGAUGGUGGAUGGUGACAAAGUAGUCACUGGAUCUUACAGGUUCACCUGGAGUUCCUCCUCCAUCGAUAGGAACCUUCUCCUCCUCCUGACAGGGCAGCAUGUGGAGCCCUUUGACGUAGAAUUCCGGGAGCUGUACGCCAUCUCUGAGGAGGUGGACCUGUACCGGCACCUGGGCCUGGCAGGCAGACUUGCCCUCAACUACUCCUCCACUGUGGCUCGCAAGCUUAUCAACCCCAAGUAUGCCUUGGUGGCAGGCAGCCGCCACCCGCCGGGCGAGAUGAUGCGCUGGGCUGCCCGGCAACAGCGGGAAGCCAGCAGCAACCCAGAGGGGCAGGAGGAGGGUGGCGGAGGUGGUGAGUCAGCCCGGCGCCUGGAGAGCUUCCUGAAUGACCUGGUUACUAUAGAGCAGGUGCUGCCCCCCGUGGAUCCCCUCCCCUCAAGAGAGCUGAGCCAGAAGGAUGGUAGGGUGGUCUCUCGUAUGCACAUAGACCUGAAACCCAAAUCCCAAGAGGCAACUACCCGAAAUGGCAUGGGAGAAGCUGCCAAUGGAGAGGCCGCCCCAGCCAAGGAAAGCAAGCGCUUUGGCAGCAGGCUCUUCAGUCAACGGGCCAAGAGGCCGGCAGCACCCAAUGGCAUGACCACCUCCCUCUCCACAGAGAACUUUGCGGAAGUGCAGUUUCUGAUGGGGAAGAGGCCCAAUGAGAGUUCCAGCACCGACAUCCCAGGUAAAACGGGUCAAAUUGCCACAAAGUCCAGCAACUGCGUGAUUUCCUGAGCCACAGGAUGUGGUGGGAAGCACCUGUGGAUGCCCGCCUGUCCUGUCCUGGGCUGUGGAGAGCACGUGUUGCAUGCUGUACCAGUUUGCACAUUAGACUCCAACUGGCCUCCUGCCCUGCAGCCUCUCUCCUGGCCUCCGGGAGCCUGAAUCCUAGAUGGGAGGGACCGAAGCAUCUCAAGACAAUCACACACCUCCACCAAACUGUUGGUGGCUGGGUGGCAGAGGUCACUGCCACCUUGUUUACAUGAAGUGGAAGCCUGA